AUUUCACGCUUCAGAUCACAAACCACGUGCUGAAUAAGAGGGGAAACACCGAUGUAUGACUCCUCUAUGAUAGAUCCACGUUUUGGUAGAGAUUUGGAAUAACGUCGCUGUGAUCUAUUGCUACCAAACAUCUUAUCUGACAUGGGAAGAAUAAAAAAGAAGCAUGAAGCCGGAGCUGCAACGCAAUACAUAACUCGAAAGCAUGCUUGCAAGAGACUUCAGCUCAGUUUGGCCAACUUUCGACGAAUUUGUAUUCUAAAGGGCAUUUAUCCUCAUGAACCAGCACAUAAAAAGAAGGUGAAUAAAGGAAGCACUGCAAAUCGGACAUUCUACUUCUUGAAAGACAUUCAAUUUCUGGCACACGAACCUGUUAUAAGCAAAUUUCGUGAACAUAAAACUUAUAUAAAAAAGUUGAAAAAAGCAACGGCAAAGGAUGAAAAAUCGAGAGCAGCAUACUUGAGAGAAAAUAAACCAACUUACAAGAUUGAUCACAUUGUGAGGGAAAGAUAUCCAACAUUUACAGGAGCUAUCCAAGAUUUGGACGAUGCUCUGUGCAUGUGUUUCUUGUUUUCUAAUCUACCAAAAUCACACAGUAUUCAUUCUGAAACAGUUCAGCUUUGUAGAAGGCUUACAGUGGAAUUCAUGCAUUAUGUGAUUGAAGCAAAAGCUCUGAGAAAAGUCUUUAUUUCAAUCAAAGGAAUAUAUUUUCAAUCUGAGAUAAUGGGACAGCCAGUGACAUGGAUUACACCACAUAAUUUUUCACAUCAUCACCCAGAAGAUGUUGAUUUCAAAGUGAUGUCGACGUUCACAGAAUUUUUUCGAAAUAUGCUUGGAUUUGUUCUUUUCAAAUUAUAUAAUGACAUCAAUUUACAUUAUCCUCCUCGGAUAUCGAUAACAAGCACAGCAGAGUCUGAAAAAGAUGACGAAAAGAGAGAUGAUGGAGAUCUAAAAGACCUGCCAAAGUUUUGCAUGGAUAAUGAAGUUCAUUCAGAGAGAGUUACGAGUCUUAACACACCGUUAGCAAGGACAGAGAUAGAUGAUCAAUCUACUGCGAUCCAGGAUGAGGAAGUUGCCUUACUUGCUGGAAAUACGGAAUCAAUUGCAAAGCAAAAAGAAGAAGAUGAGGCUUUGAAAAAAUUUCAGAAUCUUUUUUCGAAUUGUAAAUUUUUUCUUGGAAGAGAAGUCCCCAAAGAAACGCUGGUCUUUGUUAUCAGGAGUUUUGGUGGAGUUGUUUCUUGGGACAAAACUGCAGGUUUAGGUUCAACAUAUUCAGAAGAUAAUGAAAAAAUUACCCAUCAAAUUGUAGAUAGACCAAAUCCAAACAUGAAAUUUAUUACGAGGCGUUAUCUCCAACCACAAUGGGUAUUCGACUGCAUAAACGCUCGCAUGCUUCUGCCAGUCACUGGUUACUUGCCAGGUGACAUGUUACCACCUCAUUUAUCACCCUUUGUUGAUGACAGUGAAGGAUAUAUUCCUCCAGAACAAGAAAGAUUACGAGCUUUGCAAAGGGGGGAAGAUCCAGGUUUGAAUAAUCAAGAUUCUGAUUAUUCUGAAGAAGAGGAAGUUGUUGAAGAUACAGAGCAAGAUGAUGAGGGAGACAAUGAAGAGGAAGUGGAAGAUUCUGAAGAUGAAAAAAUUGUGGAGAAACAGAAAAAGCUUGCAGCAAUCACAGUCAAAACAGGGAAAAAAGAUUUUGACAGGAAAGCUCAACCUGAUCAGAUUGCUGCUGAAGAGAAAAGACUUGCUGUUAUGAUGAUUCCGAAAAAGAAAUUGCAUCUGUACAAGAAAAUUAAAUAUGGGGAAAGAAGGAAAAAUAGACAGAAACAAGAAUUGGCAGAAAAAAGAAAAGCGAUUGAUAAAGAGAAGAAGAAAACAUCAAAAAAGAUGAAAACAGCCUGAUUCUUGUUUUUGUUAUUUGUAAAUAAACUGAAAAAUCAUAAA